AAGCCAUUCAGGAUGGAGAAAUUAUGAUGACCUAAACGAGUACUUCUGGUCUAACAGAUGUUUAAGACUAGGCUGGCCAAUGGACACCAAAGCAGACUUUUUUAGGCAUUCAGAUUUAAAAGCUGCAAAGAGUGAUUAUCAAGCUGCUGCUCCUGGAAAGAUGAAGCCUAAGACAAAUUUUGUAGACGUCCGUACAUUUUGGCAUCUUUACAGAAGUUUUGAUCGAAUGUGGAUAUUUUUUAUAUUGGCUUUCCAGGCAAUGGUAAUUGUUGCCUGGAGUCCUUCUGGAUCUCUUGCUGCAUUAUUUGAUGAAGACGUCUUCAGAAGUGUUUUGAGCAUCUUCAUUACUUCUGCUUUUCUUAAUCUUCUGCAAGCUACCCUAGAUAUAAUUCUUAGUUGGAAGGCCUGGAAGAGUUUGAAAUUCAGCCAAAUACUAUGGUACCUUUUGAAGUUUGCAGCAGCAGCUGUGUGGGCUGUGGUUCUGCCCAUUGGUUAUUCUAGUUCUGUGCAGAACCCUAUAGGAUUGGUGAAAUUCUUCAGUAGCUGGGCUAGGGAUUGGAGGAACCUGUCAUUUUAUAAUUAUGUUGUUGCACUUUAUUUGAUGCCCAAUUUACUUGCUGCUAUAAUGUUUUUACUUCCACCUUUACGGAGGCACAUGGAGCUAUCAAACUGGCGGAUUAUCACUCUUCUUAUGUGGUGGGCUCAGCCCAAACUUUAUGUAGGAAUAGGCAUGCAUGAGGACAUUAUCUCACUUCUAAAGUAUACACUAUUUUGGAGUAUGCUGAUAGUCAGUAAGCUAGCAUUUAGCUACUACGUGGAGGAAGUAUACCGCAUCAGGCUUCCCGGUCAUCCAGGAGAUAUUGGUGAAGGAAAAUCUGAAAAUCAAAAUCAUGCCAUUAUCUUUACUCGAGGAGAAGCCCUGCAAACAAUAGACAUGAAUCAGGAUAAUUACUUUGAAGAAGCUUUUAAAAUGAGAAAUGUACUGAAGGAAUUCUUAGACCAUCAACAUGGUCAUCGGAAACCCACAAUAUUGGGUCUGAGGGAGCAUAUAUUCACUGGAAGUGUUUCAUCACUUGCAUGGUUCAUGUCCAAUCAAGAGAACAGUUUUGUUACUAUUGGGCAACGAGUUUUGGCAAAUACUCUUAGGGUACGGUUCCACUAUAGACAUCCUGAUAUAUUUGACAGAAUCUUCCACAUAACAAGAGGUGGCAUAAGCAAAGCUUCAAAAGUAAUCAACUUAAGCGAGGAUAUAUUUGCAGGAUUUAAUUCAACUCUGCGUGGGGGAUUUAUAAAGCAUCAUGAGUACAUUCAAGUAGGCAAGGGGCGUGAUGUUGGGAUGAAUCAAAUAUCCCUUUUUGAGGCUAAGGUUGCAAAUGGAAAUGGAGAGCAAACUCUCAGCCGUGAUGUCUAUCGUCUUGGACGUCGAUUUGACUUCUUUCGGAUGUUGUCAUUUUACUUUACAACAGUGGGUUUCUACUUUAGUAGUAUGAUGACUGUGCUUACUGUAUACAUAUUUUUAUAUGGACGUGUGUACAUGGUAAUGAGUGGAAUUGAGAGAGAGAUCCUUGCGAAUCCAAGCAUACAUCAGAGCAAGGCCCUUGAAGAGGCUUUGGCUACCCAAUCUGUUGUCCAAUUGGGCUUAUUGCUAGUUCUACCCAUGGUUAUGGAAAUAGGCCUGGAAAAAGGAUUUCGUACUGCGUUGGGCAAUUUUAUCAUCAUGCAACUACAACUUGCUUCUGUAUUCUUUACGUUCCAACUUGGAACAAAAGCACAUUAUUAUGGAAAAACAAUUUUGCAUGGAGGUUCUAAAUAUCGAGCUACUGGCCGUAGAUUUGUUGUUUUUCAUGCAAAGUUUGCUGAAAACUACAGGAUGUACUCACGAAGUCACUUUGUGAAGGGGUUGGAGUUGUUUAUUCUACUGAUCGUAUAUGAAGUUUAUGGGGAAUCAUAUCGAAGUUCAAAUCUUUAUUUGUUCAUCACUUUCUCUAUGUGGUUUCUUGUUGCUUCUUGGCUGUUUGCUCCUUUCGUGUUCAAUCCAUCCGGUUUUGAUUGGCAGAAGAUAGUAGAUGAUUGGACAGACUGGAAAAAGUGGAUGGGAAAUCGUGGUGGUGUUGGGAUUUCACCUUACCGCAGUUGGGAAUCAUGGUGGGAUGAAGAACAGGAACACAUCAAAUACACAGAUUUCAGGGGAAGAGUGCUGGAGAUAAUACUUGCAUUUCGCUUCUUUAUUUACCAGUAUGGAAUUUUCUACCACCUUGAUAUUGCUCAUCACAGCAAGAGCUUGCUGGUUUACGGCCUUUCUUGGUUAGUGAUGCUGAUUACUCUUGUUUUAUUAAAGAUGGUAUCAACGGGUAGGCAAAGAUUGGGUACCGACUUUCAGCUCAUGUUCAGGAUUCUCAAUGCGCUUCUGUUCCUUGGCUUCAUGUCUGUCAUGACUGUCUUAUUUGUUGUAUGUGGACUCACUAUAUCAGAUUUAUUUGCUACUAUUCUUGCCUUCAUACCCACAGGAUGGGCCUUUCUUCUUAUUGGGCAAGCAUGCAGGCCAUUGUUGGAGGGGGUAAAAUUAUGGGAGUCAAUAAAGGAGCUAGCAAGAGCAUAUGAAUGCAUAAUGGGGCUGAUAAUCUUCACGCCCAUAGCCGUUUUGUCUUGGUUUCCAUUUCUAUUAGAGUUCCAAACGCGCUUGCUCUUUAAUCAAGCAUUUAGUAGAGGCCUCCAGAUUUCAAUGAUUCUUGCAGGAAAGAAGGAAAAAGCAGCUUGAACUUUUUUUUUGCAUCUCACACCUAUAUAUACUCAUCAAAAUUUUAUUAUAUUCUUUGAAAUAUUAUUAUUAGCGUUUUCAUUUUUAUAGUAUUUGGUGAUUUUUGUAAUAUUUAUCUUCA